AUGCUGUUGACAAUGGCAUCUCAGGAUGCUCAGAACCUCUUCCAGCCUCUCUCUUCCUGGAUAUCUCGGGUUUAUGAAGCUCUCCAGCAAGCAGGAGAUACGUUAUCUGCUUUGCUGGUUAACUUCAACAAACAAGACUCUAAAUUGAGUGACAAGCUAGACCAGGACUUAGAUGAUAUUCAGAUUCAGGAAACUUACUUUGAAGAUGAAGAACAAAGCAAUUGGAGUCAAGAGGACAUAAAUUCCUUGUUUCUUGAAGUGGAUCAUUUCUCCUGUUGUAAUAGUGAUUUGCAGGACUCUGCCCAAAGUUCAAGCCCCAGACUUAGCCAGCAUGCAAAGGACUGUUCCAUAGUGACCCAGUGGCCCAAUCAGACCCUUGAUGACCAAAAGCCACCACAUGUGCUUUCUUCUAUUGCCGAGGAAGAACAUCACCUUGAAAAGCAAAGGAGUGGCCUUCAACAGGGCUUUGACAGCCACAUCUCUGGUAUUUUAGAAAACAUUAAUGGAAAAAUGCAAGUUAACAACUUUGGAGUUGAUGAGCUGCCCACAUCUUCUGACAGCGAUGAGGAGGUUAUCAAACAAUUUGAGAUUUCUGUGUCCCGGUCCCAGAGUUUCCGCUCGGGAGCAUCUGAGAAAGGAAAGCAGACAGGACUGGAGCGUAAACCAAAACCCAGCCGCUGGCUUUCCACCCACAAAGAGGCCAGCACAGAAGUGUCUGCCUGCGAAGGUUUGGAUGGAGCCAGCCAACUGACUUAUUCUGAGAAUCUGUCUUAUGGUGAAGAUGACCCCAUCUCUGCCCACUCACAGUCCCCUUGUGAGGUGGGGGACACCAGGCACCAUGGCAAAUCUCCCAAAGAGACCAGCGUGGUCCGCAGCCUCAGCCGUCAGUCCACACAGGGCAGCUUGGAGAUGGAGACAGCUUUUAAUAACCGGAGAUUUGAAGAUUCCUAUGCCACUGACAGCUCCUCCGUGUGGAGUCCAGAGGAACAGUAUGCAACCAAUUUUCAAGUGCCAUCUGGGGUCCCGGAGCCCAUCUCAAAAUGUGGUGGCCUGGAUGUCAUCUUUGAAUAUAGAGCUGCCAGCCAGAAGCUCACAGUGACCAUCGUAAGAGCACAGGGCCUCCCAGAUAAGGACCGAAGUGGCAUCAGCUCCUGGCAAGUGCAUGUCGUGCUGCUGCCCAGUAAAAAACAGAGGGGCAGGACGAACAUACAGAGAGGGCCCAACCCCGUCUUCAAGGAGAAAGUCACCUUCGCCAAGCUGGAGCCCAGAGAUGUGGCUGCUUGUGCUGUCCGCUUCCGCCUGUACGCCACCCGCAAGAUGACCUGGGAGAGAAUGAUGGGUGAGAGGCUCUUCUAUCUCAGCCACCUGCACCAAGAAGGGGAAAUGAAAGUGACUCUGGUUCUGGAGCCAAGAAGUAAUAUCAGUAGUGGAGAGUCUCCUCUCAGCCCAUCUGCAGUUUCUCACAGUGACAGUGCUUCAUCCACGCAGUCGCUGUCGCAUGGAGGGGCGCCAGAGCUGUUGGUGGGGCUAUCAUACAAUGCCACAACGGGGCGAUUAUCCGUGGAGAUGAUCAAAGGCAGCCAUUUCCGAAACCUCGCGGUUAACAGAGUGCCUGAUACAUAUGGAAAGCUCUUUCUUCUCAGUUCUGUGGGUCAAGAGAUGUCCCGCUGCAAGACAUCCAUCCGACGCGGUCAGCCCAAUCCUGUCUAUAAGGAGACCUUUGUUUUCCAGGUGGCCCUCUUUCAGCUCUCUGAUGUUACGUUGAUGAUUUCUGUGUAUAACAGGCGUACCAUGAAGCGUAAAGAGAUGAUUGGUUGGAUUGCUCUGGGUCAAAACAGUAGUGGAGAGGAGGAGCACGACCAUUGGGAGGAAAUGAAGGAGACCAAAGGGCAGCAGGUCUGCAGGUGGCACACUUUACUCGAAUCCUAGGUUUGCCGAGAGGUGUUUGUGGGCUGUACCUACCCUGGUGACCCGUGUUUUGAGUACUGAUACCAACUCAGUGCUUGCUGGCAGGCUUU